AUGCACUUAUAUGGACUUCAAGUUCGACGGAAUGCCCUAUUACGGGCCUGUGCAUUGAAAUGUCUGAUUUCUAUUCUGUUUCUUCACCACCGAUUCCUCAUUCGGUGUUUAAGGAGGCCUUCACGCUCCCCACUUUGCCCUCUCCCAUUUUCUUACCUGAAAAAAGCGGACGGACAAUCCUUCAUCGCAGCUUCAGCUUGCAAGAAAGGAAAAAAUCGAGAAAGAACGAGCAAGACUAUUGCACUGGCAAAUAAGAUUCUAAUUCCCGGAAUUGCAGCAAGGAAGUUUCCUGCCGGGGAUGUUAUAUAUUCUGAUGGUAGAAAAUCAAAGCUGGCGAUUGUUUUUGAUGCAAGUGGCGUUGAUGCUAGCAAGUUGGCUGUCCCUGAAGGAUCUUUAGUCUGUCUAUCAUUUAGAGCAAACUCUCAGGCUAUGGUCGAUUCUUGGAGCAAGCCUUUUUAUGACGCCUUUAGUGAGUCCAAGAGCGUGCAGCUAUAUGAGAUACGUUCUUGUAGAAACAGGCGAUCGGAUUGACUCAAAGAAUCACACUAUCCGGAAAUCUUUUGGUAGUUUUUAAAUGUUUAACUUGGGUUAUAUGCAAUGUAGUAGGUGAAUUGAUUUUAUGUUGGUUAUUUGUGAAGUUGUUAAACUUAAAUGGUAAUUGCCUUCAGUUAGUUCUUUUAGGAUACAUGUAAAUAUGUGUUGGUGUGGUAUAUAUGUAUGACUGGAACUUAAUUUGGUAUAUGUGGUAUAAGCUUUAUAAAA